GUUCAGGUCACAGACACUUUGGUUUUGCCUCUAAGUGUGUUUGUGUUUCCCUUCAGUAUCUGAACUCUUAACUGUCCAUAUUGAGCUGUUUGAGCGACAGAAUGACCCGUUGGGCUCUUAUUGCUCCCCUCCUGCUGGGCCUGUUCAUCCACAGUGCUGUCAGUCAAGAUGCUGAGGACCCUGCUGCAACCGCACUACCACCACAGGGCCAGGCCUCUGAUGGCACACAGGCGGAGGACGAGGACGCAGAGUGGGGUAUGAAUUCCCUCAGAGACAGCUUUGAGUCAGUCGGCGGAUACUUUGAUUCAAUGCUGGAGUUCAUGGGUGGACGUGAUGGAGUGUGCCAAUACCGCUGUCGAUAUGGUAAAGAUCCUAUUCCUCGUCCUGGCUACCAGAUGCCAGAGCCUGAUGGGUGUAGCUCCUACUUCUUCGGUCUUCCUGUUCCAGAGGGGAUGGAUAUGGGCAUCCCUGCCAUGACCAAGUGCUGCAAUCAGCUGGAUAUGUGUUACGACACCUGCGGCUCCAACAAGUACCGCUGUGACUCCAAGUUCCGCUGGUGCCUCCACAGCAUCUGCUCGGACCUCAAGAAGAGUCUUGGCUUUGUGUCAAAAGUUGAAGCAUGUGAAGCAGUAGCAGACACCUUGUUCAACACAGUGUGGACUCUGGGCUGCAGACCCUACAUGAACGGCCAGAGAGCGUCAUGCCUCUGUCAGGGAGAGGAGAAGGAUGAACUUUAAAGCAUGAAACACUCUGCUAUUUAUAACACUAUCAACUAGAGCAGCUGUUGCAAAGACUGCUGUGUGGACUACUUGAGUAAUUUAUUUGGAAGUUAUUGUUCUGGUCAUUACAUUACUUUGCAUCAAAAUGUAGAUGUUAUUGUUAAAAGUUCAACUUUGUUGCAAGCCAAAACUGUAUUUGUUUAUUUGUCAAUAGUGUUUGUGUAUUAGCACCAAUACAGUUGGCAAAAGGCAUAAUAUGAUUUUGGAAAAGCAAAAAUAUUGUGGCGUGAACUAAACCUUACAGCACAUGGCCUCUUGUGCUUCAUACCUUUGGGUAUGUAUUACCAUGUUAUACUUAGUAUACAGUAUGAAUAAAUGUUAUGGACACAUG